AUGUCGUCAACAGAAAACGACGAGGAAAUGUUGUUUCCUGAUAUUACUCAAACAGAUCGAUCAACAAGCUUUCAUUCGAACGUCGUAGGUAAAAUUUGGACUCGAGUAUUGAUUCAUUUAUGCUGGUGGCUUCAUGAUAUGUAUGAAGUUGAUGGCAAUGAUACAAAAUUAAGCUAUAUCGAAAAUAAACUUGCUCAAUGUCAAUCGUUGUUUCCUGCGAAAUUCGUAUUGAUGUUUUCGGAUUCGAAAUUUCUUCCCGAACAACAACAUCCAUUUCUGAUUUGUCGUCAUGAUCAAAGCAAAACAGUGUUAUUGGUAUUUCGUGCAACUGUUUCCUCAAAGUCUAUUCAAGAUGUAUUUACCAACAUGAAAUUUUAUUCAGAUAGUAAAAUUUAUGAAGGCGACAUACAUGCGGGAUUUACAAGCCGAGCUGAAUCAGGACCUGUGUUGGCAGUUGUCAAAUGGUUACGACAAGGAUGGAAGGUAAUUAUCAGUGGACAUUCACUUGGUGGCGCAGUAAGCCAAUUAUUUACAGCACAAGUCAUACAAUGUCUGGUUGAAAUUGGCUUAACCAUGGAUCAGGUAGUUUUACGAUGUGUCACUUUUAGAACACCACAAUGUGCCGAUCAUAAUUUUUGGUCGAGCUAUGCGUCGUGA